AUGGUGCUCGCCUUCACCCUCCGCCUCCUGGUCAGCUCCGCUUUGCUCCUGGCCACCGUGGCUCAAGUUCCUCAAUGCCGGUUCCCACGUGUCCGGUAUGGGAGGAGAGUAUCCACUGCUCGCUAUUUCUACAAGAUCGGGGACACCGUAAGCUUCACGUGCAACACAGGGUACACCUUACAGGGGUCCAGCACAAGCACGUGCCAAGCUGACUUCAGAUGGAGCCCACCUCUGCCGGUGUGCAAAAAGGAGGUGAUGUGUCCUCGGCCACCAAACAUCGCCAACGGGCAGCACAGCGCAAAGUCCUUGGACAAGUUUUCCCGGGGACUGACUGUGUACUACAGCUGCAAGGAUGGCUACGCGCUGGUCGGGAACGUGUCCAUCACCUGCACAGAGGCCGGGGUGUGGAGCAAGACCCUGCCCCGCUGUGAAGCAAUCGGCUGUGAGAUACCCAAGGUGCAGAACGGGAACGUCUACAAGCCGCAGAGCACCUACAAAGCUGGAGAGAGUCUUCACUUUGACUGUGACGCCGGUUAUGCUGCAGAGGACAACUACGAGGCUCAGUGCCAGCCGGGUGGGACCUGGGAUCCGCCGGUGCUCAUCUGCGAGAGGACAAUCGGCUGCGAGAUACCCAAGGUGCAGAAUGGGAAGGUCCAUGGACUGCAGAGCACCUACAAAGCUGGAGAGAGUCUUCACUUUGACUGUGACGCCGGUUAUGCUGCAGAGGACAACUACGAGGCUCAGUGCCAGCCGGGUGGGACCUGGGAUCCGCCGGUGCUCAUCUGCGAGAGGAUCCGACCGUGUCCCAUGCCUCCGAGGGUCCGCAAUGGAAAUCAUAACGGCCAGGGCAAAGCAUUUUUUACUACAGGAAUGUCUGUAACAUACACCUGCGAUCCUGGCUACUACCUGGUUGGAAAUGCCGUUGUGUUUUGCAAAGCGUCUGGGAACUGGAGCCAGCCCGGUCCUCGCUGUGAAGGUGGUUGUGGUGCUCCUCCAAGGUUACACUUUGCUGAGCUAAAUGAGGAGCAUAAAAAUGAGAUCGAUUUUUCUGUUGGGAAGACUGUGCAAUACACUUGCCGACCUGGAUAUGCUAAACACCCAGGAAUGUCACCUACUAUUACAUGCCUUGAGAGCGGAGUGUGGUCAGAAGCACUAGAGUUCUGUAAAAGGAAACAAUGCAAUCAUCCUGGUGAACCUAUGAACGGGAAAAUUGUUUCCCUAACGGAUCUCAUGUUUGGGUCAACGGUGCUCUACAGCUGUGAAGAAGGGCACAGGUUAAUUGGACAACCCAGCAGGCGAUGUGAGAUUUUUGGUGGACGUGUUGCAUGGAGUGGCGACAUUCCCACUUGUCAGCGUAUCCCUUGUGAGCCGCCUCCAGAUAUUCCCAAUGGGAAGCACAACGGCAGGCUGCUGGAUGAAUAUCACUUUGGCAUAUCUGUAACUUACACCUGCAACCCUGGGUACCCGCUCCACGGAGAGCCCUCCAUCUACUGCACCACCCAGGAUGGGAAAAAUGGCGUGUGGAGCAGCCCCCUCCCACACUGCGGAGAGGCAAGAUGUCCUGUCCCACAGGUCCGGAAUGGGAGAAUGGUGUCUCCUCCUAGGACUGCCUACACACACAAGGACACUGUUGCCUUUGAGUGUGAGCCAGGCUACGUCAUCCGUGGCCAGAGAGUGGUACAAUGCCAACUAAACAACACCUGGGAGCCACCCGUGCCAGUCUGCGAGCAGGCUGGCUGCGAUGCACCUACCAGCCUGGCGUUUGCUGAGCUGAAGGAGCCGUACAGCAACCAGACCGUCUUUCCCGUGGGGAGGACAGUGGAAUAUGUGUGCCGGCCUGGGUACGCCCAGCACCUGGGGAUGCCACCAACCAUCACGUGCCUUGGCAAUCGGACGUGGUCUGCGGCGCUGGAGUUCUGUAAAAGGAAACAGUGUGCUAACCCAGGAGAUCCAAAGAAUGGCAGAGCUAUUGUCCUGACGGACCUCCUCUUCGAGUCCAAAGUGAAUUACACUUGUGACAAAGGGUACAAGUUGGUUGGAGGGUCUCAGAGAAUAUGCGAGGUCUCUGGCACACGUGUCUCUUGGAGUGGAGAUGCUCCCGUCUGCCAGGGUAUCGUCUGCAAUCCGCCUCCAGACAUCCCCCAUGGGAGACACAGCGGGCACUUGACGGCCACCUUCUCCUACGCGGACGUGGUCACCUACACCUGUGAGCCCGGCCACCCGCUGGCUGGAGAGCCCUCCAUCUUCUGCACCACGGUGGACGGGGAGCACGGCGUGUGGAGCGGGCCGCCACCGCAGUGCGGAGAGGUGAAGUGUCCUCAGCCUCCAGGCAUCGCCAACGGGAAGCACAGCGGCCAGCCCUCGGACACCCACCUUCCAGGCUCGGCUGUGCAGUACAGCUGCAGGGACGGCUACUCCCUUGUUGGGAAUGCCUCUGUUAGUUCAAUCGGCUGCAAAAGACCAGAGAUCGAGAAUGGAAGAGUGAAUGGACUGGAGACCACGUACAAACUUGCAGACAUCGUUAUCUUCGAAUGCAAUUUUGGUUACACCUUGAAGGGCUCUCAAGAGUCUCAGUGCCAGUUUGGGGGCACGUGGGACCCUCCUGCCCCCAUCUGUGAAAAGAUGCUAGAGUGUCCUUCCCCUCCAAAUAUCAAAAAUGGCCAUCAUGAGAGCAAGGAUGUCAAAGUGUUCAUCCCUGGAAUAUCAGUGAAGUACUACUGUGACCCGGGGUACGUCCUCACCGGGAAAACAACAGUAUCUUGUCUGACAUCUGGAACCUGGAGCAUCCCUUACCCCCGGUGUGAAGUGAUCACCUGCAUGAGCCCCAACAUCCAGAAUGGAGAAGUGGCUGAAGGACAGAGAGCUGAGUACCAUCCUGGCGCCAACGUCACCUUCCAGUGCCACCCGGGCUACGUGCUGUGGGGCAGCCGGGGAGCCAAGUGCCAGCCCAAUGGCCGCUGGGCGCCUGCUGUCCCCACCUGCAAGCCAGGGAGAAAGUGUGAUCAUCCAGGAGAACCGGAGAAUGGCAGAGUUAUCGUCACAACAGAUGUCUUCUUCGGGUCAACAGUGAAUUACACCUGCAAUGAAGG